AUGGGCAAGAAACAAGCAGGUCCUGCCUACGUCUUGGGCGUGGGCAUGACCAAGUUCAUCAAGCCGCGUGGCAAAGUUGACUAUAAUGAGCUGGGCUACGAGGCUGGCAUCAAAGCCAUGCUCGAUGCCCACAUCACAUACGAUGAUGUCGACCAGGGCGUUGCAUGCUAUGUGUAUGGCGACAGCACAUGUGGACAGCGUGUGUUCUACCAAUUCGGCCUCACCAACAUCCCUAUCUACAAUGUCAACAACAACUGCUCGACCGGCUCUACUGGCUUGGCCAUGGGUCGCACCUUGGUCUCCCACGGUGCUGCCGACUGUGUCCUAGUCGUUGGCUUUGAGAAGAUGAACCCCGGUAGCUUGCAGUCGGUAUAUAACGAUCGCACUGGCCCAACCACCCUGUUCGGAACAAUGAUGGCGGAAACACGGGGAGUGACCAACGCGCCCGGUGCCGCGCAGAUGUUCGGAAAUGCUGGUCGGGAAUACAUGGAGAAGUACGGCGCAAAGAACGAAGACUUUGCUGAAAUCGCCCGCAUCAACCACGAGCACUCCAAACGUAACCCUUACUCCCAAUUCCAAGACGAAUACUCCCUCGAGCAGAUUAUGAAGGCACCUAUGAUCUUUGAGCCGCUCACCAAGCUCCAGUGCUGUCCCACUUCGGAUGGUGGUGCCGCUGCCGUCAUCGUCUCUCAAGAGUUCCUCGAUGCCCGUCCCCACCUGAAGGACCAGGCCAUCCUGAUCGCUGGCCAAUCCAUGGCCACCGAUACCGACCAACUUUACAACACUAGUGCAAUUGAUCUGAUGGGAUUCGGCAUGUCGCGACAUGCGGCCCGCACUGCCAUCGCCGAGGCCGGUGUGAAUGUCAAGGACAUCAAGGUUUGCGAGCUGCACGACUGCUUCUCUGCCAAUGAAAUGAUCACAAUCGAUGCCCUCGAACUAUCUGAGCCCGGCAAGGCCCACGAGAUGGUCCGCCGCGGCGAUAUCACCUACGGUGGUAAAAUGGUGAUCAACCCCUCGGGUGGUCUCAUCUCCAAGGGCCACCCGCUCGGUGCUACUGGUAUUGCUCAGUGUUCUGAGCUGGUCUGGCACCUGCGCGGCUGGGCUAACAACCGUCUUAUUGACGGUACUGGCGCUGCUUUGCAACACAACCUCGGACUUGGUGGUGCUGUUGUGGUCAGCGUGUACAAGCGUGCUGAUGGCAAGGUCGCGGCUGCCGUUCCGUCAGAUGUUGUGGGCAAGAUCACCGGUCUUGGCUAUAACCCGGCUGUCGAGGCUCGUGGAUUCACCGCUGAGCAGGCCAACUCGGUAUGCAGCAAGAAACACAGCGCGUAUGCUCUCGCCGAUGCCCAGCAGCGGGUUCUUGCCCGUUUCUAA